ACCAUUUCGUAAUAACGACCAAAAGUAGUUAUUCUCAUCCAAUAAAUAGGGCUUAUUCUAAAGCACAAACCAACCCACUUGUUUCUUUCUUGUCUGUUUUCUUUGAAUGCCUCUUAUUCAGUCUGUGGCCACAAUAGUUGAUCAGAAAUAGAUUUUACGUCAAUUUUCCGGCAUGAUUUUCCGGCCAUUGAUACAGCUUCCUGCUACUUCUGUGAUCAUUGCUUUCUUCUUACUGUCUUUCCUCGUGAUCGGUGUUUUCUUCUCAACUCACUUCCAUGAUUUCUCUUCUAUUCUGCAAAGUUCCACCCAUCAAAAACAUUCAACUCUCACUAACAACACAACCAAAACUCCCUCCAACAACACUCACAGAAAAACAGACAUCCCACUUAAAUGUUCUGACCAUAACAACAACACCACACAAACCUGCCCAGCAAAUUACCCUUCAAAACCCGACCCGAACCCUGAUACUUCACCACCUCCAACAUGCCCCGAAUACUUCAGAUGGAUACACGAAGAUCUUCAACCUUGGAAGAAGAACGGUAUUACAAGAAGAAUGGUGGAUAAAGCUCAAAAAACUGCUAAUUUCAGACUGGUAAUACAUAAUGGAAAGGCUUAUAUUGAGAGAUACAGUGAAUAUUGGCAGAAAAACAGAGAUGUUUUCACCCUGUGGGGAAUUUUGCAGCUGUUAAGGAGGUACCCUGGUAGAGUGCCUGAUUUAGAGCUCAUGUUUGACUGUGAUGAUUAUCCGAAGAUAAAGAAGAGGCCUCGUCGUUGGCCGUUUGAUGAAGCUCCUUCUCCGUUGUUUCGUUAUUGUGGAGAUGAUGGUACGAGGGAUGUUGUUUUUCCUGACUGGUCUUUCUGGGGAUGGUCUGAUAUAAACAUAAGACCCUGGGAAUUUUUGUCAAAGGAUUUAAAAGAAGGCAACAAGAAGGUGAAAUUUACAGACAGAGAACCUUAUGCAUACUGGAAAGGAAAUCCCUUAGUUGCUCCACACAGGAUGGACCUUCUUAAGUGUAAUGUUUCUGACAAAGAGGAUUGGAAUGCUCGAUUGUAUGUACAGGAUUGGGAAAAAGAAAAACAGCAAGGAUUCAAGCAUUCAGACUUGGCAAGCCAAUGCCUAAACAGAUAUAAGAUCUACAUUGAAGGAUCAGCAUGGUCAGUCAGUGAGAAGUACAUCCUGGCAUGUGAUUCAGUUUCCUUGGUAGUAAAACCAUUGUACUACGACUUUUUCUCCAGAAGUUUGAUGCCGUUGCAACACUAUUGGCCCGUUAGGGAGGAUGAUAAGUGUAGGUCUAUUAAGUUUGCUGUUGAAUGGGGGAAUAAACACAUUGAAAAGGCUCAAAGCAUGGGAAAGACAGCCAGUGAUUUCAUCCUCGAAGAUAUGAAGAUGGACUAUGUAUAUGAUUACAUGUUACAUCUGCUCACAGAAUAUGCUAAGCACUUAAAAUUCAAACCCAGGAUACCUGAAAAUGCAGUUGAGCUUUGUUCAGAGAUCAUGGUGUGUUCUGCAGUUGGUUUAGAGAAGAAGUUUAUGAUGGAAUCUCUUGUUAAAGGUCCUUCAGAUAAAGCUCCAUGCACCAUGCCGCCUCCUUACGAUCGGGCUGCUCUUCGGGCCCUGCUGAGGAGAGAAACAAGUGCACUGAAAUUGGUGGAGAAGUGGGAGAAAGAUUAUUGGAUUAAUCAAACUAAGCAUGUUUGAUUUUAGACCAAGUGGUUGGAGCCUUGGUGGUAAAUAUGGCACUAGUGGCCCGACACCGACCCGAGGGCCGACCCAGCACGGAUCGUGGGGGUGGGAUUGAGUCACUUUCUUUUGAAAAAGUACAGCACGGCCUGGCCCGGCAUGACAAGCACAUUCAAAUGAGUAAGAUUAACGGGCCGGCCCGAGGAUAUGUGGCCAUGGGUCGUACUUUGAAAAUUUUGGUUCGGCCCGCCCCACAUGAGCAUGAAGUCAUGGGCCGGGCUUGGUCCACACUUUUUUUGAAAAAGUACGAGAAAUUACACUAAAUUGAGUAAAAUUAGGCGUAUGCACGACAUGUGGCCCGACCCGGCACGAGUGCAGGUGCCCCUUGCCCAUAUUUUUGAAAUUCUCAGCCCGACCCGGCACGAGGGCAUGUGCCCCUUGCCCGUAUUUUUGAACUUCCUAGCCCGACAUAUUACAAAUGGGUUCGGCAUGGGCCGGGCUCGUCCAGGCCCACAACCUGAAGGAUAGAAAGACCCACUACCAUCUUUAGGUGCAUCCAUGCGCCUUCUAAAGGUCCAGGAGAAUGAAGACCGUUGAUCCUAAGCUCAUAUUUUCAUAACUAUGCCUCGGAAACACGGGAGAUCGACGUACGUAACAUCACGGCUAGGGUUGUUCAUCGGUCCAAAACCGAUCUGGGACCUACAUUUGGCUCCAAGCACCUCUCAGGACACAAGACAAUAUUUCUUCACUAUCUCAUGUAGAUGGCUUUCAACUUUCAAGUGAUGGCCUGGACCAACUGUAUUAUGACUUAUGAUUUAUGGGGCCACUUUGCAUAAUGAUAAUUUUAGUGGUGUAACGUAUAAUCAACUUAAGGUUGGACAAUUUGAUGUCGGGGGAUGGAAUAUUCAAAAAUAGUACUUAUGGACGCUAUGUGUGACAUUUUAUAAAUGAAUAUUCAAUAUUGUAAUUUUAUA